GCUAAGGCUGUCUCACCACUAGCAAACAAAUUGAACCAGAUCUUGGUUCACAGUCGUAAUUAGCAUCCGCGCAUAGCACUUACGUGUAUACGUGCGUGUCAAUGUCCAUCUGCUUACAUGAUACUUGGCUGUGGAUGGAAGAGGCUAAGGAGUGUGGCUGGCCGGCAGGAGGUGACGUAUCGAUAUCGGCAACCAGGUACAUGUACUACUAAUAUCCUCAAUUUCCCCUCCGCAUCAAACAAGACCACAAUUCCAUCAUAUCACGUAUCAUUAUCAACGACCAACUCGCCCAAGAUGCCCGCUUACAUUGUUACCCUGCACGACGAUGCCACGGAUGAGCAGAUUGCCGCAGCCAAGAAGAAGGCCACCGAAGCUGGCGGCAAGAUCACCCAGGAAUACAGCUUGAUCAAGGGCUUCGCCGUUUCUUACCCCGAAGGAACUGUCUCGACUCUCGCCGAGGACCCGUCGGUUAAGGCCGUUGAGGAGGACGCAGUGAUGACAACGCAGUAGGGGCACUUACCUAUGACACCCACGAUGCUUUGCCUUACACUAGAAGGGAAAUAAACAUAGAGGAUUUUCUACUUUGCAUUGAGCAGAACUACAGUUGGGUUGACGGUGACAGUGACAAUGACGCCCAAAGUAAACAAACGCUGCCCCGCCAUAUCCCCCUCCUUUAGCUUCCUUCUAGUGACGUGACGUAAGUCGAUAAGAGUGGGGAUAAGAGUACGU